AUGGCAAAGGAAAUACCCCCCUUCAAAGGCACAGCAUCAAUCGCAAGCUUGCCCGUCAGCCCCCUCAAGUGCAACCCGGAGGCAGAGACGAUCAGGAACAUUUUGAUCCGUCGGGGGCGACGCUUUGCAGAGCUCUCUGGCUUCCAUCACAAGAAGUGCAACGGUCAAGAGUGGUACAUUGGGCGCAAAGAUGCUUUGCAGCCGAGAAAGGUAUUCAACCGAGCGUAUCAUUUUGACGCCGAAACAUUCAACGAUAACAACCCUGCCAACACGGUAUGCCUGGAACCCUUAAGCGCAGAUCAAGACGACGUGGCUGCGUUUGAAAGGUCUUAUCAGUUGGCCAGGGAUAGCGAGUUUUUGUUGUGCGCAAGUACAGUUCGGGGUUACUCCUUGAAAUCGAAGACUUGGGCCAGAUUCACUGUAGACAACGUCGGCGAGAUUGAGUGGAACGACACCUGCGCGUCGAACCUCAUCCUCCCUAAUGGAUACAAAGAUCUAUUGUUAUCUCUAGUCGAGGAGCAGAUGCUUGCUGAAGAUGGCUUCGAUGAUCUCAUCGAGCAGAAGGGUACGGCAAGCUCUCAUCCAGUCUGGGGGUUGGUUCUCCUCCUCAGUGGCGACACAGGUGUUGGCAAGACUCUGACAGCUGACGUCGUGGCCGAGAAAAUGCGCGCUCCUCUAUACGCAGUCAGCGCUGGCCAGCUCGGAUUUGAUGCCGAAGAGCUCGAGGAAAGGCUCAAACUAGUGUUAGAGAUUGCGUCUAAGUGGGACGCCGUACUUUUACUGGACGAGGGCGAUGUCUUUCUCGAGAAGCGGAGGACAUCUGAUCUUCACCCCAAUAGAUUAGUCUCCAGCACUCUGAUCAUCACUACAAACCGUGCCGCGGUCAUUGACGAGGCAACCAAAUCGCGUAUCCACAUCAACAUCCGGCUUCCCGGGUUAACUAUUGAGGCCCGCAAGAGCCUUUGGGAGAAUCUGCUCAAGGAGAACAAGAUCAAGCACGGUCUUGUCGAGGCUGACUUCCAGUCUUUGGCAGAGAUUGAUGUCAAUGGAAGAGAGAUUGUUGGUAUUCCUUUCACAAGGAAUUUGGUUCGAACCGUAGGGUCCUGUGGGUGA